AUGACCAAAAAAUAUAAUUAUUCAUAGGAAAUCAUAUUCUAUAUCAAUCAUUUGACACUAAUUCUUAUGUAAAUUAAGAAAAAGACAAUGUAAUAAGUUUUUGAUUCAUUAAUCUAUGAUGUGACUAUUAAACAAAAAUAAAACGAUUUCUCUUAUCUUUUAAUUGAUAACUUAUUCCAAUCUCAAACACAAAAAAUAUAAAUAUACUUAUUUAGCAUAUUCUUGUAAUUUUGA